UUCCCAGCUACAGGCAGCUGCGAGGAGAAGACUCCUGAUUUCAGAGACUCAGACAGCAGCAAUGACACAUCCAACCUGUGGGGAUCCCACCCCGCAUUCUUCAUCCUGGUGGGGAUACCUGGGAUGGAGAGGGCCUACACCUGGAUCUCCAUCCCCGUCUGCAUGAUGCACUCGGCCGCCCUUCUCGGGAACUCGGUCCUGCUGGCCCCCCUGGCGAGGGAGCGCAGCCUCCACCAGCCCGCGUACGUGUUCCUGUGCAUGCUGGCAGUGUGCGACCUGCUGCUGCCCACUGCCACCGUGCCCAAACCCCUCCGUGUCCUCUGGCCCCUGUCCACCCAAAUCUCCUCCCAAGGCUGCCUGGCGCAGAUGUUCUCCAUCUCUUUCGUUUUUGUGCAGUCGGCCGUUUUGGUGAUGGCCUUUGAUGGGUGCGUCGCCAUCUGCGACCCCCUGUCCAUCCUGAUGUGCUCUGCUGUGGGGAAGGUCGGCGUGGCGGCUUACAUCAGGCGUUUCUCCAUCAUGUUCCCCGCCGUCUUCCUCCUCAAGCAUCUGCCCUACGGCGGGCACAACGUCAUGCCACACACCUACGGCCAGCCUCCAUCAACAUCUGGUCCGGGAUGGCUGCCGGCUUCCUCGCAGCCGGCCCUGCACACCUGCGGCUCCCACCUCUGCGUCAUCGCCGUGUUUUGCACUCCGGCCUUCUUCUCCUCUCUCUCUCACCGGUUCGGCUGGGACGUCCCUCAGCACAUCCUUGUCUCCUUCACUGACCUCUACAUCACAGUGCUGCCCAUGCUUAACCCCAUCAUUGAUGGGGUGCAAACAAGGCAGAUCCAGGAGUGGAUCUGCUUGGGCCAGGGGGCUUGGGUGGUGGGAACAGGCAGGGGGGGGAACGGGAGCUUUGAAAAGAGGGAAAUGAAUGAAAGACAGCGGCAACUAUCAAACACGGGCCAGGUGGGAGCAUCUUCUUAG